CGCCCGGCGGCGGGAGCGGCGGUGCCGGCAUGGGACGGGGCGCCGCCCCGGCGGGGACCUUCCUUAACAAUGUGAGAAGGAAAUCACACAAGCACACUGUGGAUUUUUUAUCUGUACAUACCACUUGAUUAUUGUCUGUCUUCUACUGAUCAACCCAAAAAGAAAGAUCAAACAAAAAUUGUUGUCAGCUCUGCCCUAGAGCCGCCUGAUAUUUAUGACUCCUUUUGGAGAAACUACCUGGACUGUUAGAAAUGGAGCAACUCAGGCUGCGUCUCUGAUCAGCAGAGCUCUCUGUGUGGAGUACAGAAAUCAAGUUGCCUUAAAUCAAACCAUAUGCAGGUUGCACUAAUUGUUGUAACUCUACUGCUGAUACCACUCCAGACUUCGCUAGGACUUUCUAAGACAGUAGUUUCUCACGUAGCUUGAAUGUUUUUAACCGAUGUUUGAAUAGUUCUAUUCAAUCUGGUGUGGCUGUGCAAAGUCAAAGGGGUUUACUUUUUCCUCCUAAAUUAAUGGUGAAUUUUGAAGCCUUACUUCCAAGCGGGAUUUGUGCUAUGGCAGCAGCCUACAGGCUUAUGGUCACAACUGUGAACUGCUACAGCAGCGUGGUGAUAGAACAGCACUUUCAGCACACAGUGCAUUACUGCACGGGGACUUGUCAGGUGUUUAAGCAAGGAGUUGCAUGUAUAGUUGCCCACCACAGUGUGUGUGCAGAACUCAGUGUCCAAGAUGCCAACCUAGACCACAAAAUUCCAGUUUCUGAAAAUGGGCUUGCCUUGCCUGGAAAUGAGGACUAUCAGCAAAUACUCCUAAAUAAUCCAAGAAUCAAAAAGGGCUCUUUGGUGCAAGCUUCCAGCAGUUUAAAAGACAUUACUGGUGAGGCAAUAAAUCUCGCCAGUGGUAAAAUAAAGGAAUUCUCAUUUGAGAAGCUCAAGAACUCUUCUAAUCAUGUGGCCUACAGAAAGGGGAGGAAAGUUCGUUCAGAAUCAUUCAGCAGACGAUCAUUUGAUUUUGACAUGAUUUAUGGGCACUUCAGCAAUGAUGAGAACUCUCCUCCAUGUAGCUUUUUGCAGAGUCCCUCACCUGUGGAGAAAUGGCAGGAGAGCAAUGAUGCUCCAGAAGUCAGUAUGAAUCCCAUGGUUCCCUUCUCACCUCAUUCUUUCUCUGACGAAAACUUCAUUACCCAGAUUUUGGAGAAGCACAAGCUGGAUGGUUCUUCUGGUGGAGAUAUUAAAGUGUGCUUAGACAUCUUGCUCAAGUGCUCAGAGGAUCUGAAAAAAUGCACUGACAUAAUAAAGCACUGCAUCAAAAAGAAAUCAGCAGACAGUGUUAGUGGAGGGAAUAGCAGUGAUCCUCUGGCUAGUUCAGAAAUGAUAUACAUGAAUCUGAUGAGAAGAUUUUCUUCAUACCUGAAAAAGCUACCCUUUGAGUUCAAGCCACCUGGGCACAAGGAAGCAGGUGAUCUUGGAGAAUUAGUGAACUGUUUUCAUGGCUUGCAGCAAACUCCCUUUUCCCCAAUAUUUGGAGAUGAGCAGCCACCUAGGUAUGAAGACAUUAUUCAGCUUCCAUCCUCAGUUCCUGUCAGACCACCAGGUGACCAGUGUGAGGUGACAAGCACCUCUCAGUCCAUCCAAACAAGCACUGUGAGCUUUACCUCAAACUCCCUUUGCAGCACCUCACAGGAGAACAGUGUGAGAGCUGUGAAAGAUGCUUGUGUUCUACCUCAGUUACCAGCCACAAGCCCUUCUGACUGCACGCCUUCCACUGAGGUUUUGUACAUCGAGGAAGAGUCAGAUGGGGAAAGAGUGUUAGAGAAAACAACGAGGGCAAAGGAGAAGGGAGACUGGGAGAGUUUAAAGCAUAGCUGCCAGCUAUCUGGUUCUUCAGAUGUGAUUGCUGAUGUUAAAGCAGAACCUACCAGGGUAGGAGGUGAACUUUCUCAUGCUUCUGAGAAAAGUAAUCUUUUAAAACCAGUUUCAGAUUCUGUACUGCGUGGUUCUCAAGCUGGUGUCUCCAGAGGAGAACAGACGUGCAAGAUAGACAAGGAUGAAAUAGAUAAACUGCUGCUGGACUUGGAGCACUUCUCACAGAAAAUGGAGAGUACUUUUAGGGAGCCCCCUCCAAAGGACAGUGAACCUGCUUGUCUGCAGGUGUUUGGCUGGCAGGGUAGGCCAGUACUACCUGUGGCUCUUGAACCCAAAAGUAAACCCAAUGACCCCACUUCCCCCUUGUCAAAAAUCAUGGAAACCAAUGGUCAUAAAAUGGAAGAAGAUGACAGAGCCCUUUUACUGCGCAUCUUGGAAAGCAUUGAGGAUUUUGCCCAGGAACUGGUGGAAUUCCAGACAGGCAAGGGAAGCUUGUCCAAGGAGAAAGAAGUGAUGCAAAUUCUUCAGGAAACAUUGUCAACUCCUUCGCAGUCCCUCCUUGCAGGGCAAAAAAGCCAUGCUGGGGCUGCCUCCAGAGACUCUGUUCCAGCUUUGAUUCAGCAGGCACCAGAAGUAAUUAAGGUUCAAAGUAAGCAAGAGAAGAAACCUGGAACGUCAUCCCCAGUCCCUUUGAACUCAGUGGUUAGCCCUUCUGCUCUGCCUGUGAAUAAAGCCACCAGCAGUACCCCUUUGUCCGUAAACAUUCCACGUUUCUACUUCCCUAAAGGACUUCCGAAUGUCUGCACUAAUCAUGAAGAGAUCAUUGCCAGGAUCGAAGAAGCCUUCACAGAGUUUGAAGAUGAGAAAGCCAACAUCUGUGAGAUGGGAAAAAUUGCAAAGAUAUGUGGCUGCCCACUCUACUGGAAAGCACCUAUGUUCAGUGCAUCAGGAGGACAAAGGACAGGAUGUGUAUCUGUGCACUCAUUUGUGUCUUUGUGGAGAAAAAUCUUACGUAACUGCCAUGAUGACGCAUCCAGAUUUGCUUACCUUGUAGCAAAGCCCAGCUGUGGUUACCUUGAGCAGGAGGACUUCAUCCCGCUGCUUCAGGAUGUGGUAGAAACGCACCCUGGUCUGACGUUCCUAAAGGAUGCUCCAGAAUUCCAUUCCCGGUAUAUUACUACGGUUAUACAAAGAAUAUUCUACACAGUCAAUCGAUCCUGGUCUGGGAAGAUCACCCUAACAGAGCUGAGGAAAAGCAACUUCUUGCAAACUCUUGCUCUCUUGGAAGAAGAGGAUGACAUAAAUCAAAUCACAGAUUAUUUCUCCUAUGAGCACUUCUAUGUUAUAUACUGUAAAUUCUGGGAGCUGGACACUGACCAUGACCUUUAUAUCAGCCAGAAGGACCUGGCUAGGUACAGUGAUCAAGCUCUAUCAAGCAGAAUUAUUGAGCGAAUAUUCAGCGGUGCUGUGGUGAGAGGAAAUGAAGUUCAGAAGGAAGGCCGCAUGAGUUAUGCUGAUUUUGUGUGGCUGCUGAUUUCAGAGGAAGACAAAAGAAAUGCUACAAGCAUUGAGUACUGGUUUCGGUGCAUGGACCUGGAUGGGGAUGGGGUGCUCUCCAUGUAUGAACUGGAAUACUUCUAUGAGGAGCAGUGUGAACGGAUGGAAGUGAUGGGCAUAGAACCACUGCCAUUUCAGGACUUGCUGUGUCAGAUGCUCGAUCUUGUUAAGCCAGAGAGAGAAGGACGAGUAACCCUGCGAGACUUGAAGAGAUGCAGAAUGGCUCAUGUAUUCUAUAACACGUUCUUCAAUUUAGAGAAAUACCUGGACAAUGAACAGAGAGAUCCCUUUGCAGUGCAAAAGGAUUUCGAAAAUGAUGGCCCUGAACCUUCUGACUGGGACAGGUAUGCUGCUGAAGAGUAUGAGAUCCUUGUGGCUGAGGAGUCUGGGAACGAACAGCUCCAAGAAGGAUCAUUUGAAGAAGACUAUGAGACAGAUGAAGUCUUAUCUCCCUCUGAAACUGGAGACAAGUCAAACUAGUUAUCUCAGAUCUCUCAGCAUAGAGAAAUGGAAGAUGUGUAAUCAGUGUCUGUCAAACUGGAUAGCAGUCAGUCCCAAGAUGCUUAGGGACAGUUAGGGAUUUUUCUUAAGUCUGUCAUUGGAGCAAUGUGUUUUAUUUUGUACAUUGUAACUUGAAAACCCCUUUUUUCUUCUUGUGUAACUGCAAUAAGAUAAUUUCUUUAAAAUAGCUUUCUACAAUGUGUUACUGUGCACGCUCAUUAAAAAUGGUGAUUGCA